UUCAGAUUCAAAGAACCAACAGAUCAUUUAAUAAUGAAGGAAAUGAUUAUUAAUAUUUGAGUACAUCAUUUUUUGGUAGCGUAUAUAUUAGUGGGAGGACUAUUAUUUUCCACGUCAAUAUUAUUUCAGUGCAAAUUAUUAUCAGUGAUAAAAAUAUGAUUUUCUUUGGAUAUUGAUGAUAUGACUUUCUUAUAUUUUAUAUAGUUUGAAGUUAGAUUUUUGUCAAAGCAAUAUUAUUUCAGUGAACAAUAUUUUACUAUUUUCGAAAAAAAAAAUGAAUUUUAUGUAUUGUACAAAAACGAAUUUGAUGGUAGCUGUCUUCUAUAUACUUAUUUGGAAUGUUUGUCUUAUUUCAGGUGAAUUUUUACUGGAACAGUACAUACUCCGCUUUAUUUCGUUUUACAUAUUUAUUUUCAAUUAUCAACUGGAACUUUUCAUUUUUAUUGCAAAAAUUGGAUGGAUUAGGUGGUAAAUCUUAUGCAAAAAUUUUCAACAAAAGACAUAAAAAGCCAUGUGACGAAGAAACUUUGGUAAAUUUGUUAGCGGAAAUUCAAGUUAUCAAUCCGGAAGCUAUAAUAAAUAUGAGCACAAUGGAGAAGGUUAAACCGCUCUGCAAGAAAGUUUCGGAAAAUUUAGAGAAAAUGGAGGAACUUUUAUCUGACUGUGAACCACCCCAUCAACCAGAUCUUUAUCUUCAACUUAUAAAGGGAGUUGAAAUUUUGUAUCGAAAGUUGUGUACAGACUCCCCAUUUAGAAAACAAUUCGAAGAGCAUUUCUCUUGUCUUCAUAAGUUUCGCAAUGAAUUUGAUAAAUGCAACGGAGCACCAGACUGGAUGGAAAAAUCAGAUGCCAAAGAAGUGUGCGCGGAGUAUAAAAGAAUCGCAAAUUGUUAUUAUGAUGUAGCAGGCUCCCACUGCGGCCAAGAAGCUGCUGAUGUAAUGAAAGAACUGGUAAUUUCGAUAAUUAACAGUAUUUUGACUGUUAAGUGUGAUAUGAAUGAAAUCGGAGAAAACCCUGAAGACGCUAUAGAACUCGCUGCUGGCCCUGAUCAUGUGAAACCAGAAAAACAGAAAGCACUGCCAAAAUUGAAGGGAAAGAAAGGGGAUCAAUCUUUUGCCCAUCAUCUUGCUUCAAAAAAGUCUCUACUGAUAAUCCCAGUAUUUACAAAAAUAAUCAUCAAUAUGAUUUGGUUAUACAAACCUCGAAUUGAAUAAAAAUGAAUAUUUACACUCCA